CGGAGAGGAGGGGAGAGGGUCUCCUGUCUGAUCCUUUGUCAUGGGAAGACUUUACUCUGCUGUUUCAUACACUCAGAGAGGAGGGAGAGGACUUCAGCUUCAGCAACAACAGACACACCAAAAAACCCAGUGCAACUAUGUGAAUGGGACAGAAAACAAAGGGAGCACAGCACACAGGGCCCAGCUGAAUCCUACAUCCUCAGACCGAAUCAGAGAAAGGAGGUCAGUGUAAUGAACAGCAUGCUUCCUCAAAGGAGUGCUGUCGCCACUCUGGGCUACAACUCUGACUGUGUGAAGAUCGAGCACAGCAGCAGUGGCUCAGUGGGUGGGACAUUGCUGAGGGGCUCCCGCUCCAAGGCAGAGCUACAGGAACUGAUGGAGACGCUGCAGCGCAGGAAGAGUGCUCUGGAGGCCAGCUUGAGGGCAGCUGAGUGCAGCCGCAAGUACCUCAGCGUGCCUUCUCCUGUUGGAUCCCAGUCCACCAGGCCGCUGUCAGUCCUCAGCAAUACCGAAAGGCCUCCAUCUGCCUCCAGAACAUUCUCCUACAUGACCAGCAGCAGCGUGCCUCCAUCACCACGUCAAGGUGAACGCCAGCUGAGCACCAACGGUUUGCUUCGCCAUUCCCACUCUCGCCACCAGUCACAAGACAGUCUGCUCCUUUCUAAUGCAGCAGAUGGAAGCUCUCUGCUCUCCUCCUACGGGCAGCCUCUACCUCGUUCUCCCAGGGUCAAAAGUGGAGCAGCCAGUGUGCCAUCCAGCCCUCGCAUGGGCCGCAGGCUCUACUCUCAGGGCAAAGCUGGAGGAGAUUCCAGGCAGAGGAAAUACUCCACUGGCUCCCUCAACAGCCUGGGCAUGCACAGCCGCUCUCUGCCACGGCUUCACAACGCAACAGACCCCCCUGCUCUGUCGCUACCGUCCCGUCACUCAGUGGGUUCCCACAGAGGAGUGGGUUCAGCAGGCCCACGGCGCAGUCUCUCCUCCCUAGAGCAGCCACCAGAUGUGACAGUACCAGCAAGCAUGCCCAGCACUCCCAGAAGGGCCAGCCUGGCCUCUCUGAGCUCUCUGGGGAUAGAGAUGGAUGGGACUGGCUUAGAUCUGGGCUUUGGAGAGAGGAGGUUAUCAUUUGGGAAGGGUGGACUGGGUCCGGGACAGAGGGUGGGCAGCAUCAGCUCUUUGAAUGGCAAAGAGGAGCUGAGAGACUAUCACCAACACCAGAGAGAUGAACGACUCAGGGAGCAGAAAGUGCAGAGAUUGGAGUGCCAGCGUCUGGAGACCAUCUUAAACAUGUGCACCGAGCUGGGCCAUGUGGAGAGAGAGCCGGCGGGCUCAGCUGUGUCGGACCUGCAGAAGAUCAAUAAAGAGUUGGAGAAGCUGCAGGUGUCAGACGACGAGUCGGUGUUCUCCGACUCCCCCGGCAGCACUGCUCCAGAGAGCUGCUUCGGGGCCAAAGUCAGAGACUUCCAACUGGCUGAGGAGCAGCAGGUCGGCCAGCGCCAGCAGAGCAGCUACAGGGAGGCCAGGUCCCACUCACCUGCUAUCAGCCUCAACAGCAGUGCUCCCUCACCCUCCUCCCACCACAGAGCCAAAGCUUUGGAGAGUGUGCAGCUGAAACAGGAAGUAACGCAUAUAGAGGAAGAGAGGAUUCAAGUCCUGAACAACAUAGAAGAGCUGGAGCAGAAGAUCAAAGACCUGGACAACCAGAUGGAGGAGUCUGUCAGAGAGAUGGAGGUGGAGUGUGCUCUGCUGGACGGGGAACAGGAGUCGGAGAUGGCUCAGCUGCAGAGGGACAAGGAACUUCUGGACCAACUUAAGGAAAAGAUUCACAGUAGUGAGAAGAAGAGCCACACUGAGAAGUCACAGGAGGCUGACGAGCAGACAAAAAGUUUGGAGGAUUUGGAGUUUCAGAAGCUGGAGAGAGAAAUUAAUCAGGGCGAGGAAAAGGAGAAUCAGAGUCAAGAGGUGCUGCGAGAGAUCGCAGAGUGUCAGCGUCUUACUGUUACACGCAAGGAAAGACUCAUGACGCUGAAAAAACAGUCCACUCAGAUUACCUUACAGGCUCAGCAAGAAAGAGAGAAUUUCCAGAGAGAGAAAAACAACCUGCUCAUCAUGCUCCAGAAGGAGAGAGAGAAACUGGCGUCUUUAGAAGGAAAGUAUGCAGAGUUGUCUGAGGGGCAGGCCUUCACUAACAACCCUGUAACCAUCACAGAGCAGCACUUGCACUCUCUGAAGGAAAGGAGAAGAAGCAGCAAAGAAAACUCUUCCCACCCGAGUGACAGCCUACCUCAUAAGAGGAGCCAGCAGCUCCUCAACUCUUACGGCAGAUCCUUGGGACGCACGCUUCCUCCCAAGGCCCACCUGCCUCUGUCCCAAAGCUCCAGCUGUGGCAGUGUCAUCCCACAAGGCUUCAGCUUCUCUCCCCGGGACCUGAACACCCGCCGACUUCCCAAGACAAGCAACAGCCAUGCACACAUGAAUGAAGACAGACAGAGAAGAAGUGAUUUCUGCAGCAGGAUGGUCUCUGACCCCAACGUGUACUUGGACUCCUUCACCUACCCGGACAACAGUCAGGCCUCAGAUACCGUCAGCGUGGACAGCUCUGACAGCCUGGAGACCAGCUUCUCCGCCUGCUCCCCAGACAACAUCUCCAGUGCCAGUACGUCCAAUAUGGCGAAGAUCGAGGAGAUGGAGCGGUUACUCCGAGAGGCCCAGGUUGAGAAGCAGAGGCUCCUCGAGCAUCGGGAGCGCGAGAUGGAGAUGCGCAGGCAGGCUCUGGAGGAGGAGCGAAGAAGACGGGAGGAACUAGAAAAACGACUGCAGGAGGAGACGAGCAGGAGACAGAGACUUGUGGAGAGAGAAGUGAAACUCAGGGAGAAACAAAGAUCACAGUCCCGGCUGUUGACUCGCUACCUCCCUGUAAGGAAAGACGACUUUGAUCUUCAUGGCCAUAUUGAGGCAGCUGGACACAACCCAGAUGCCUGCUUCCAUCUGGCCAUCACUGAUAAAACCUGUCGAGGCUUUCUGGUCAAAAUGGGCGGAAAGAUCAAGACCUGGAAGAAACGCUGGUUUGUCUUCGACCAGAAUCGCAGGACGCUCACCUACUAUGCAGACAAACAUGAGACCAAGAUGAAAGGAGUCAUUUACUUCCAAGCCAUAGAGGAGGUGUACUAUGACCAUUUAAAGAAUGCACACAAAAGCCCCAACCCCUCGCUGACCUUCAGUGUGAAGACCCACGAUCGGGUGUACUACAUGGUCGCUCCGUCGCCUGAGGCCAUGCGUAUCUGGAUGGAUGUUAUGGUUACGGGUGCUGAAGGACACAUGCAUUUCAUGGUGUAACUGAUCCCAACAGAUCAGGGUACACGCCGCUAGAUUCCUUUGGUAAACAUUGUGACACAUGAGACGGUCCCUCUGCACUCUGCUUGUGUCAGCAGCAAACAACAGCGUUGUGUAGAACUGAGAUUGGAUGUUCAUCAGGUCAACAAAAAAUGAACUUCUGUUUACACUUGUAGUAUUUGUAGCCUACUACUCAUGCUCAAAAGCACACUUUAUAAUGCAAUUAUGUGUAACAGAUCAAAUGAAUCGAUAUACCAGUUUCAUAAUUAAGCUAUUUAGGUUGUUUUUUUAUUUUGUUUAUGUACCGUGAUUUGCUGAAGCAUCACUAAAUGUUGCUUUUCCCUUUUUCCAACUUUCUCCCUCCUUUUAUAAAAUCUCUGCUUGUCUCAUAUUCUCCAUGUUAUUUUUGGCUUUUGUUCAGACAAAACUUCAGGGAUCAGGAAAGCUUCUAAAUGAUCAGAAACCCAACGUCUGCUACAUUUCUAAACCGUGGUACACACUGAUUGUGCUUCACUAUAACAGAUCUGUCUAACAGCUUUCUAUAAACUGCAGCAUUUUGUAAUGUACGUAUCCAAUAUUUAAGUUGUAGGUCCACCUCUGUUUCUUUGCCUUCUUCUUUGUCUUCGCUCCUCUUAACUUGUGGUUGGACUUUACAGUGUUUUUAUUCUACAGUAUAUCUUAGUCAAACUCAAAUGUAUUUUCCCUUUGUAUGUCUGAAUGCCUGAAUCAGAGGGUCACAACUUCUUCCUGAUCUUUUCACAGAUCAUCUGCUCCGUAUCAGUGGUUGCAAGAAUGCACAUUUUUAUUUUAACUCAGAUUUAUUAUUUCUAUAUUGACACUAAUAAUCAAAUUUAAUUAGUGUAAGUAUUAUUUUACAUAGUUAACUCAAGCAUUUUGAUUGCUGCUGCCAAACUAUCAGCAUAACCUGGUCUUAUUUAAAGCAAGGCUGAAUGUCCACCAUCAGUAUUUCUUCAAACCAGAUACAUCUCUCUCUCCUUGCAUCAGCUUUCAUUCCUGUGAGUCUUAAUUUGGGGUUUACUUCAUUCAUGAAGGAGAGAUGAUUAGAGGCACUUUUUACAUUUUAUUGUUAUGUAUUUUUAGCAAACAUGCUACUCAUAAAAGUAGUAACGUUUGCCCAAAUCACAUUGGUACUGUGUUUCAUGCCACUGUGCAGCUAUCUCCCUCUAUCUAUAGUAGUAGCUGGAGGCCUGAUAUGAUAAGGCCAUGUUGUGCAGUAGUGAUGCUAUAUGUACUGCGUCACCCACAUUUUCCUUGGCAUUUCAUUUUGUUUUUUCACCAGCAGAGGUCCUCAGUGCAGAGCUAUUGCACUGAAAUGACGUAAUGCUCUGGCUGGCAGGCCCAUACUCACUUAACUAAAUGAGCAGUUCCUGAAGCAUCACUUGGAGGAUGGAGCGUCAAUGAUCCAUAUUUUCCAAUGCUAUAUGUAUAUCUAUAAAUAUGUGCAUUUAUAAGCACAUGUAUAUCAAGCUUAAGAUUUGCUUUUUUUGAAAGCAAAACAUAAAUCAUUAUUAUGAUCUUGAACACACAGUGAUUUUUAUCAUUUUGAUUUAAAUGUGUUAUAAAAUCAAUAUAUUUGAUCUGUAUAUUCUUUGACUAUUUGCAGUCUGACUGUAUUUGAUAAUGAAUGAUCACUUUAACACCAAGUGACCAGCUGUUGGUUUACAGACUGCAGAUCAGGCUGCAGGGCUGACAGUGUUGCAGAUGAGCUGUUGCCUUUGCUGGAUGCUUCUCAGUGAACAGAGAUAUCUGUCAUGUUAACAUCUCAUCCACAGCCUGUCGUCCACUGUAUGAGACACAAGCCUUGAAACCAAACAAAUGGCCGCUUUGAUAUAUAUUUCUAAAAAAUUUAGUAUUUUAUAUUUUGUAUACGACUGGCGGUAAUUUUAGUCAAGACUAUGCCACGUGUUUUUAUAAUUGACACUUCUCAUGUUUCAGUAUGAAUAAGAAUAAAUAACUUUGAUUGUGACGCAUAUUUGUGAAAUGUUAUGGUAACUUUGUCUGUUGAACAUUAUGUUACACAGGCUGUAAAAACCUGCUCAUGUAAAAUACUGCAGGAUAAAUGGACUCUUGUGUUUUGCUUUGUAUGUUGAAGCACUGAAAAGAAGCUUUAUGAAUCCCAACACGGCAAGAUGAUGUGUUUUCCCAUGGAUAUUGAGUACCAUAGCAUUGUUUUUACACUGUUAUGUAAUGUAUCACCAUGGGAGUCUAUGGCCUUAUUAUACUGUAUAUGGCUGCAUAAUGCCCCUGUAGUGCAGUGUAACUAGACUCAAACCUCUUAAAGGAAUCUGCCUUUUGUUUAUCUUAUAAUAGCCUUUAUGAGAGUCAAUGCUACCAUUACUGUGGCAUUUUGUGCCAAUUCACCAGUUCCCAGUAUACUUGUCUGAAAUGUCUCAGAAACUCAAAAAUAAGAUUUUUCUGGGAAUGUAAUACUAUCUACCAUACUACUCAGUGUGGUGCAGCCACAACUCACCAAAUUAUUUAGCUUUUUGACAGCAUAUUCAAUAAAUCACAUUGUGUAGGUGUUUAGGAUGGGUGUCUUCUGCUGGGUUUCACUUCAUCCACAGACAUACAAUUCAGCAUUGUUUAUUUGUUUUUCUACUUGACUGGUUUAGCUCAGGUCAGUGCAAAAACUGUGUACAGUGGAGCAUUAUUAUGAUACACUAAACUGUUAUAAUGCAAUAAUUCCAUUUUAAAUGGUGUCAAAAGUAAUAACUGAUCUAAUUAGCAUGUAAACUGUGCGUGUGCUCAUUAAGGCACUCAUGGUUUUAAACUCCUCCUCCUGCCUUUCAUUGGUUGACCUACUGGGGUUGGCAUGGAAACACAGAAUGAAGCAUGCUAAAUUAGGUUCUAAAGAGGCGCAUCGUCUCUCCAGAGGCAGAAGUAGACACAAACAUACAGAUCAUAGAAAGCCAGGGUGGCCUCAGUGCAUUAUGGGUGCUGUUGAUCUGUAUAACAUAUUUAAGGGAAGGGGCUGGUCUUAAAGGUACACCAACAACCUAUAAACAGAGGUACUCAGACAGCUUAUGCAAUAGCUCAAAAGUUUAUUCCUGCAUGUUCCCUGGUUGUACUUCACUUAAGGCUGUUGUCAUUAUAACUUACAGUAUAAGCAUGAAAGCCACACUGCUGGGAAAUCAUGUGAAUGAAUGCUGACAAAAGGCAGCAUUCAGUGAAUAUGCCUGUUUCAGUUUCCUCUUUGAAACUGUAGGAAUCAUAUUCACACCAGCCGUUUCCUCUAAUGGAGAGCAUAAUGUAAUUUUUCACACUGUGGCACAAUGUGAGCCCUCAUAAGCAGUCUGAUCUCUGCUCUAACAGGCCUGAUUAUAAAUCUACAUGCUGUUUAAGCCAAUUUUCAAACAUUUUAAUCCCAAAUUGCAGGUGUUAGCAAGAAGCAAACCUGUGUUAUGUCAAAGCCUCAGGGGGAAACUGUUCUUUUUCUCAGGGAGAUACUUUUACCCUCUGUAGUCUGCAUCAGCACCUGAUGUGGUGAAAUCCUCGUGUUUUUCUCAGGCAAAUGAUGGUUCUCUCUUCUCAGCUUGCAGCCUCUGGCUUUCGUAAAGUAAACAGAGGUCUUUUUGUGUCACAUCCACGAUGCUUUUUUUGUAAAAAAUUCACCCUUUGUCCUUUACUCCUUACUCCUAACAUCAGACUCCUCUAAACAUUGCCCCAUGACUCAGAUCAACUUCCCAUCCUUAACCUGCGCUUUUAGUCACACCAAUAAUAGCUGUUAGAGUUGCUUUUCAGUGUUUUUUUUCCUGCAUUUACUUCCUUUGUGCAGCAUUGUAAGUAGUUCACUCCAGCCUUUUGUGUUCAAAUAAUGAUCUGCAUUUUGUUCUUUUCUGCAAUGAUAUCAAACUGAUACUAAACGUCUAAAUCAAGUGA